GCCCCUGGAACAGAAAACCUCAUGAGACACCAGACUGAACUGCCUUCUUCUCAGUUGUCUAAACUUCAGUUGUGUAUCCAGAGUUGAUCUAUUUUUGUGUAAAAUAAUGUCUGUUGUCCUGAACGCUAUAUUAAGUAGUACUGCUCAUCAUCCAAAAUAUGCGUCUCCAUUAAAGGAAGAGCCCAUUUGCUUUCAGCGGACUAAUCAUUGAAGAAUGCUCUAUCAGUCAACACUAUCAGCAGGUCCUGUGGUACAGGAUGGCUGAUGUCUCUCAGUUUUAAAAUGGAUCCUAAACGCAAGAGAGAAGUGGACACGCCAAGUGACUCAUGUCAAGUGGACAUCCUUAUCUGUAAAAGAUGGGAUGGCUUUUCUUUGCAAUGGCUCAACUGCUUGCAAGGCAGGAAGGCAGGGCUGGCAAACACUCAGUCAGAGAGGACUGCUGGCUUCAGCUGAGGAAGGAAGGUGCUUUAAUUGUAGAUCCUUUAGUUUAAGAAUUGAGAAAAAAAUGAAAAACAGAGAGUAAUGUAGGUUAAAUUGGACAGUUCUCAGGGUGUCUGUAGUAUAGUUUAAGUUUGAAGCAGGACCACGAUAGGGCUUCAGGAGAAGGAGGGGUGGAUCAGUAGAGAGCAGACUGUUCUACUCCAGGCAGCUUGUCCCUCCACGAGGCAGCCAUCAGCCACAGGCCACCAUGACGGAGUGGACCCUGCUCAAACGUCUCCUGGAUGCUGUCCACCAGCACUCCACCAUGAUUGGUCGUUUGUGGCUCACCGUUAUGGUCAUCUUCAGGCUGCUCAUUGUGGCCGUGGCAACUGAGGACGUGUACACCGAUGAGCAGGAGAUGUUUGUGUGCAACACCAUUCAGCCAGGAUGCUCCACUGUCUGCUAUGACGCGUUUGCGCCCAUCUCGCAACCUCGUUUCUGGGUGUUUCACAUUAUCAGCGUCUCUACGCCGUCCCUCUGCUUCAUCAUCUACACCUGGCACAACCUGUCCAAAGGGCCCCAAAACACCACCCUAAGGUUGGGGCAGGGAACAGGGGAUAACCCAGGGCAGGGACGCCCAGAUGUAUGGCGGGACAGCGGACUGGAGGCAUAUGAUCGGAGCUGUGACUCAGAUAGCUGCUCCGUUCGCUCCCAUAAGCAUUUAGGACACAGCCUGGCAGAUGUGCUGGAGGGAAUACCCACCCAGAACCUCCAGAGGGGAGACCCCAAGAUCAUAGUGACCUUAAGCCAGGCCCGAGCUUGCCCAUUUAGAGAAGGGAACGCAGCUGGUCAUGUCGUCCCUGGAGGGGUUCUCUCCAAAUGUUACAUCUUCCAUGUGUGUUUACGUGCUAUUCUGGAGGUGGGCUUUGUCGUGGCCCAGUGGAAGCUGUUUGGCUUCCAGGUGCCGGUCCAUUUCCUCUGCACCUCAGCCCCCUGCAGCCAGCCGGUGGACUGCUAUGUCUCUAGACCCACAGAGAAGACCAUCUUUUUGUGCUUCAUGUUUUGUGUGGGAGUUUUCUGUAUCCUUCUCAACCUGCUGGAGCUCAACCACCUGGGCUGGAAGAAGAUCCGCCAGGUGUUAAAGAUGAGGGAGAGGACAACCUGGGGAGGUUGCCAAGGUAUGAGGGGGGGAUAUGAAACCUUUCCCCCAGACAGUCACUCUCUCACAUCCUCUUUAGGCUUCAGAGAUGUGACCAGCACCACCUCUCUCCCCACAUUAGACCUGGUGGUGGGACACCAGCCGGACUGGACUUGUGCUAUGAACUGUAGCAGUAUAAGGGAGCCUGAAGAGGUCAGAGAGACUAAAUUGGAGCAGCCAAAGAGACAAGACUCCCAUAAAGGAGAGAGGCAGCCUCUGAAGAGUAUAAGGCAGAGCAGGGGGUCCAAGCAAAGGAGUGCUCAGGUCUGGAUUUAGUCUAUGACUGAGUGGAAGACUGUUGCUGCAAUCAUUUGUUUAAAAUCAUGGAUCUUACUGUAGAAUUCAAGGUAAUUUAUUGUAAUGGAUCACCCAAAUUUCUUACUUGCCCAUAGAUAACUGAAACCGUGGAGAUAGACUACUUUGAUAAAAAAUAUUGUGGAGGUAAAUGAAAUCGAAUAUGUGUUGUUCACAACAACGAAAUAUCACAGAC